AUCAUUCUCUAUGGUAACAGCCCAAAUGGUAGAUCACCGAGCAGAUAAUCAAGAUGGCAGGUCUGUCUUUAUAUUUUGAAGAUGGUCAUGAUGAUUUGGAUGACUUUGGGUUUGAUGACUAUGGAUCGGAGUGCGACGGGAUUCGGAUCACAGCUUUUCUGGAUGCAGGGCAGGACAAUCUCACCCCCCUGGGGAGACUAGAGAAAUACGCCUUCAGCGAAAAUGUCUUCAACAGGCAGAUCGUGGCACGCGGGUUGCUUGAUGUGCUUCGAGAGUUCAGUGACAAUGAGAAUGACUUUAUCAGUGUCAUGGAGACAGUUGCCCGAAUGUCUGAAGAUGGAGAGCCAACCGUGCGCGCCGAGCUGAUGGAGCAGGUGCCCAACAUCGCCAUGUUCCUACACGAGAGCCAGCCCAACUUCCCAGCAGCCUUCUCCAGAUACCUGGUGCCCAUCGUGGUGCGCUAUCUCACAGACCCCAAUAACCAGGUAAGGAAGACCAGUCAGGCGGCCCUGCUGGUGCUAUUAGAGCAGGGUCUCAUCUGCAAGGGCGACAUGGAGACCAAAGUGUGUCCUGUUCUACUGGACCUCACCGAGCCCAGCAGCGACGACGACUACAAGAUAGAGGCCGUCGCAAUCAUGUGUAAGCUGGUAACCAUGCUGAGCAAAGACACAGUGGAGCAGCUGCUGCAGCGCUUCUGUGAGCUGUGCAGCGACGCCAGGCUAUUCCAAGUCCGCAAGGUGUGUGCAGCCAAUUUCGGAGAGUUCUGUUCCAUUGUGGGCCGGGAUGCCACAGAGAAACUACUGAUGUCCAAGUUCUUUGACCUAUGCUCUGAUAGCCUUUGGGGCAUCCGAAAGGCGUGCGCCGACUGCUUCAUGAUCGUCUCCAACUCUACCUCCCCCGAGGUGCGACGCACUAAACUGUCCCCCCUCUUCAGUAGCCUCAUCAGUGACCAGUCUCGCUGGGUGCGCCAGGCUGCCUUCCAGUCUCUGGGACGCUUCAUCUCCACCUUUGCCAACCCCUCCAGCACGGGCCUCUACUUCAAAGAGGACGGCACGCUGCUGGAGGUCCCCAGGUGUCCCUCUGACAGCAAUUCCCCCCUCUGUAUCGAGUCCUCCAUGCGCUGCUCCUCCAACGGCCACAGAGUGAGACCCUCGAACACACCCAUUAACCAAGAUGGCCGCUCCACCCCAUCCCUAGAAUCCAUGUCCAGGGGGGACAGUGGCAGCGACUCCACACACACUCCUCCCCGAAACCGACACGAAGGCCAGGUGCACAACAACAACCCUCCUCCCACAAACAACAAAAACAAGGAGACGGCACAAACAGACCAGAACUUUAACUCUUUCCACUACUGGAGGCCUCCGUUAGCGGAUAUCAGCCAGGAAUUGGAGAUGCUGAAGUGCCAGGGUCCUCGGACUCAGACAGAGGGAGAAAAGGAGGAGGUGGUGGGGCUAGAGGACGGGGAGAUGACCAGUCUGCAGCCAGCAACCAGCUCUCAAAUCCAGAAGGUGUUGGACUGCCUCCAGCCCCACAUGGACGACCCUGAUGUACAAGCCCAAGUACAGGUGCUCUCGGCCGCCCUAAAGGCUGCCCAGCUGGAGAGCCAGUCUGAGGAGGAGGAGAUGAAGGGUCAGUCAGAGAGCCAGUCUGAGGAGGAGGAGGAGGUGGAGGGUCAGUCAGAGAGCCAGUCACCAGAAGAUGGGGACAAGGAGUCCUCCCAGAACAGAUUGACCACAGAGGAGACACAGACACCUGAGCCACCAACCAAGCAGGCCAGGGACCCAGAACCUACAGAGGAACAGAAAGAGAACAAGGCAGAAGAGGAGACUGAGAAGGAGUUGGAGGAGGAGGCAGAGCCUCAGGAGUCACCCCCCGACUCGCCUUUCCUAGUACGGGAUGACCCGGACCACAGCAGUAUGGAGUCGGAGCUGAUGGAGAGCGCGGAGGAGGAGGGGAAGGAGGACUCUGCUUUCAACCAGGUGUGUGAGGAGAAGUCCAAGGUCCAGAAUGUGAUUCCCCAGCAGCUGCUGGAACAGUAUCUUUCCAUGACGGACCCGGCACAGGCCCAGACGGUGGACACGGAGAUCGCCAAGCACUGUGCGUUCAGCUUACCUGGCGUGGCCCUCACCCUUGGCCGACAGAACUGGCACUGCCUAAAGGACACGUACGAGACCCUCGCCACCGACGUACAGUGGAAGGUGCGCCGGACGCUGGCGUUCUCCAUCCACGAUCUGGCCCUGAUCCUGGGGGACCAGCUGACGGCGGCCGACCUGGUGCCCAUCUUCAACGGCUUCCUCAAGGACCUGGACGAGGUGCGCAUCGGCGUGCUCAAACACCUCUACGACUUCCUCAAGCUGCUCCAUGCGGAGAAGAGGAGAGAGUACCUGUACCAGCUGCAGGAGUUCAUGGUGACGGACAACAGCCGCAACUGGAGGUUCAGAUACCAGCUGGCCGAGCAGCUGAUCUUGAUCAUCGAGUUGUACAGCCACUAUGAUGUGUAUAACUACCUCAGACAAAUAGCACUGACCCUCUGCUCAGACAAAGUGUCGGAGGUCCGGUGGAUCUCUUACAAGCUGGUGGUGGAGAUCUUACAGAAGAUGUAUGCGUGCGGAGCCCACGAGCUGGGCCUGAACUUCAUCAACGAGCUCAUCGUCCGCUUCUGCCACUGUCCAAAAUGGGUGGGCCGCCAGGCCUUUGCCUUCAUUUGCCAGGCCAUCGUGGAGGAGGACUGUAUGCCCAUGGACCAGUUUGCCCAGCACCUCCUCCCAAGUCUCCUCAGCCUGUCGUUGGACCCUGUGGCCAACGUCCGCGUGCUGGUGGCCAAAGCACUGCGGCAGAGUGUCAUGGAGAAAGCGUACUUCAAAGAGCCGGGCAGUGCCUACUUAGACGAGCUGGAGGAGACGGUGAUGGCCCUGCAGGCGGACAAGGACCGAGACGUACGCUUCUUUGCCAGCCUGGACCCCAACAUGGUGCUUAUGGACACGGCUGCCUUAAACCAGAACCAGACAGACAGCCUGGACCCCAACAUGGUGCUUAUGGACACGGCUGCCUUAAACCAGAACCAGACAGACAGCCUGGACCCCAACAUGGUGCUUAUGGACACGGCUGCCUUAAACCAGAACCAGACAGACAGCCUGGACCCCAACAUGGUGCUUAUGGACACGGCUGCCUUAAACCAGAACCAGACAGACAGCCUGGACCCCAACAUGGUGCUUAUGGACAUGGCUGCCUUAAUCUAGACCCAGCCAGCCUGCUCCGACCCACAGCCAACAACUAUCACCAGCACCAGACCACUAGCUUGUAGGAAAUAAAGGCAGUGAUACAUAAACAUACAUACAAUCAUUCAUGUUCUCUCUCA